AUGACGAGGGCGAUAUCAGAAGACAUUGAAGAAGAAGACUUUCCCAACUUUGCCCUCCUCCCACCGGAUCAAGAAGGAGUCGAAGGUCUAGUCGUCCACGACUACUACGAGCAAAAUCUGAACACGCUCAUAGACGCGGUGUACCCUGGUGUGGGUGGGGCGAAUGUGACCGACGAGUAUUUCGCGGAAAGAGUCAUUCUCGCACCAACAAACGAGAACAUUUGGCGCCUGAACGAGAUGGUGGCGGAUCGCCUUUCAGGAGAGACACUAGAACGUCUUUCCGUCGAUAUAAUGGAAGGAUCAGACAACAUGUUGUUCAAGCCGGAACUCUUGCGCUCGCUAAAUUUCAUCUUCAUCAGCGACGACGACAAGGACUUCGUGUUCCCAGCUUCGACGCAAGCGGUUUCCAGUAUUUCCAGCGUUCGCAAUGACGAUCAACCGAGCUCAAGAAAGGGAUUUACGGUCAUGGUGGACGACUCCACCUUUGAGGAUGAUGCGAUGAGCACCAAAAACAUCGUUUACCGCGAAAUCUUCACCUUUAUCAGCUCCGAAGACUCCAUCCAGCUGCCGAGCGCAGCGAAAGCGGCACUGGCGAGUAGUGCAGCGAGCUGCGAAGCGAGCGGAACUGGUUGUGGGGAACUAUGUCCUAUCGCCCGCGGGAGUGGGCGACCCCAACACUUGUAUCUCAAAAUUGUAGUAAUCGGCGCCUAG